AUGCGGUUUGGUAGAAAGGAAGAGCUUUGUCCUCGUUUUAUUAUCCCUUAUGAAAUUGUGAGAAGAAUUGGGAAGGUAGAUUACGGGUUGACAUUACCAUCCGAGAUGUCUAUGCUUCAUCCCGUGUUUUACAUUUCCCUGUUAAGGCAGUAUAAACCUAAUCCUUCUCAUAUCUUGACUCAUGAAGAGAUUAAAGUUAAGCAGGAGUUUUCUUAUGAAGAAGAACCUGUGCAAAUCUCAGAUCGUCAAGUUAGGAGGUUGAGAACUAAAGAUGUAGCUUUUGUUAAUGUCCUAUGGCAAAAUCAUAAUACUGGAGAAGAAACUUGGGAGGUAGAGGAGGAAAUGAAGAAGAUAUACACUCACUUAUUCCCUAUUUUAGUUUCAGAUGUUGCUAUCCGACAUAUUGCUCAGCCUACUAUGACUGUAGAAGAGCAAAAGAGGUGGGAUAAGUUUGAGAAGAUUAAGCCACCGCAGUAUGACGGACAUCCGUAUUAUGCCUUGUAA